AUGUUGGCUGUCCUGGAUCUGUUGAUUGCACCCAUCCAGAAUAAGCUGGACAGUAUUCUGGGCUUUAUGCAGAGUACUUCAACAUCUGCCCAGCUGCAAAUGGACUUGUCUCCAGUAUCUUUGGCAGAGGAAGAAAUUGAGGGACUAAAGCUUGAUAAUACGUCGUUAGAGUUUGAAGAACCAGCACUAGAUGCAGAGUUUCUUGAUGUCUACAAGGGCACCAAUGGAGUUAUAAUGAUGCUUGACAUGACAAAAAAUUGGACAUUUGAAUAUGUUCGGCGUGAAGUCCAAAAUGUCCCCACUCACAUACCUGUGCUUGUCUUGGCCAAUCAUCGUGACAUGGGACAUCAUCGAGUUGUAACUGAGGAUGAUGUACGUUUCUUCAUUGAAUCCUUAGAGAGACCUGAAGGAGCGGCCGAUAUUCGUUAUGCAGAAUCCUCCAUGCGAAAUGGCUUUGGACUAAAGCUGCUCCACAAGUUUUUCAAUCUUCCAUUUCUGCAGCUACAGAGAGUAACACUACUGCGACAGUUAGAAACAAAUACAUCAGAAAUUGAAGCUACGAUUCAGGAGCUUGAGGUUUAUCAGGAGAGUGAUGAUGCUAAUUAUGACAUUUUUCUAAAUCAACUAACUGAUCGUCGUCGGGCUGUUGCAGAGGCCAUGGCCCCUGCAGCUCAAGUUUCAGCGCCAACAAACACAACUCCCAUACCUCAGUCACAGUCUGUUAAUAACAUGUCAGCCACAGCUAAUUUCAGUGCUACAGUUAAUGGCUCUGCCACUUUAGGAGUAUCUAAAUCCACUUCAGUUCCUGUUAGUUUAGCAUCAGCAGCUUCCAGUACCCAGUCAAGUCCCUGCCCCACUGCCAGACCUACAAAUGUAAUUUCAAAUUCACAAGUAGUUAAGCCAUCUCAGGGUGUGAAUUCCUCUGUAGGUGCAAGUGUAAAUACAAGUAGCAGUAGCAACAACAGCUCUAGCAACAGUCCUUCGAUGGAUUCUCGACAGCAGCAGACAUCUGCCAAUCAGAGUCCUGAGAAAACACAAGAAAAAUCUAGCUUCAUGUCGCGCAUCUUUAGCAAGAGCAAAGAUGCUGAAGUGAAGGAUACUCCUGCAGAUAAUGCUAUUCCAUUAAGCCCAGCAUCUGAACCUGUGUCGGUGGAUGACUUUGUUCCUGAUGGUGGCCGAUUGGAUCAAGCAUUCUUAAGUGAUGUUGCUGCUGCUUCAGUUCAAGGACCCAACACCUCCACCUGCAGAGGAUAGGUAUG